AUGAUACAGGAAUGGGACCAAUUCGCCUUUGACCCCGAGGCGUGUUUCUGUCACCGUGAUGGGCAAUUUGCCGUACCGAAGGCUGAAGUCGAGCAUCACCUCCCGGGAGUUGCCACACAUGUGAUAUGGCCCAUCCGAGCAAAGCCCAUUGUCGGCCGACGAGAUCUCGCCAUGAUGUUCCUUGGUCAAUGCAAGCGACUAGGAAUUCCUGUAACAUAUGGUGUAGACAUCACCCAAUACUCAGAAGAUGGGGAGGGAACCGCGACCGCCCACGCCGAAGAUGGCCGCAGCUUCACUGGCAAUGUUGUGAUAGCGGCAGAUGGCAUCGGUUCCAAGAGCUGCAGUGUGACCCUGGGCAAGCCUGUUCGCGCAGUGAGCACGGGUUACUGUGCUGAUCGUGUCAUGUACUCAACCGACCACAUCAAAGAUACCCCUGCUCUGCAGAAAGCGAUUGCCGAACUCCAACGACCUCAGCUCCGCAUGUAUACCGCUCCUGACAUGUACAUUAUCUUCCUCUUGUCAAAGACACACAUUUUCCUCGGUAUUACGCACAAGGACGAUGGAACAUCUGUCGAAUCCUGGUCGUCGACUGUGACUCCCGAGCAAACGGCGAACGUUCUGCCCGACAAGGAGGGCUGGGACCCAGUUCUCAUGGAAGCGAUUCACAGCACCCCACCAAACACUGUUGUGCGAUGGAAGUUAUGUUGCCGGAACCCACAACCAAAGUGGCACUCCGACGGUGGUCACAUCAUUCAGCUUGGUGACGCAGCCCACAGCUUUAUCCCAUCAUCUGGAAACGGGGCAUCUAUGGCCCUUGAGGACGCCAUGUCGCUUCCUGAAUGCCUAAGACUGGGAGGCAAGGAUCGCAUAGCUCUUGCCGUUCGCGCUCACCAGCUUCUCAGAUAUGAGCGUACUUCGCUUUUGCAACACAACGGUUUCGUCAAUAGGCGUCAGGUCCAUCGCGAUAUGAACGAGAUUCUCAAGGAUGAAAGGCAGCCCAUGCUCCUCGGGAAAUGGGUCUGGACUCACCAUGCCGAAAAAUACGCCACAGAGAACUUCGAAGAGGCGUGUUCGGCAGUCGCGUUUGACAAGCCAUUCAGAAAUACCAACUUGCCCGUGGGUCAUGAGAUCCAACCCUGGAGUAUCGAAGACGAGGAAGAAAAGGAGAAAUCUGGUAUCUUUGUCGAGGAUUUAAAGAAUACCGGCGACUGGGGUUUGUCGUGA